CGCGGCACAUGCAGCAGCAGCAGCAGUAGCAGCACGCACGCAUUUUUCGCCUUCCUCUCGCGUGCAAAAAAAGUCAACCGCGGACACUCCGAGCCCCCGAAGGUACAAACCAGAAAGUUGUGGUGUAAAGAUGGCGGCCGUCGAAACGAAACCGGUCCCGGUGCAGGACAAACCGGAGGACGCAGUCAACGAUGAGAAUGCCGACGAGAACGUUCCGGACGAGAAGAAGAAGAAGAACAAACCCAAACGACCGAAGAAGACUGCUGCCGAGAAGGCCGAAGCUGCCGUCUUGAGGGAAGCUCAAGCCGAAAAGGAAGCUGCGGAGAAGGCGGCCCGUGCCGCCGAGAAGGCAGCGGCCAAGGAAACGGCAGAUAAGCAGAAAAAGGAAGAAGCCCCGGUGGCGGCCAAGGAAGCCGGCGACGAAGAUGACGAUGACGAAGAGGAUGGCGGUGCGGCCGGCGCCGAUGGAGCCAAGAAGAAGAAGAAGCGUAACCGCAACAAGAAGAAGACUGCUGGUGCGUCGACUGGCGGCAAGGCGGUCAAGCCAGAGGUUCCCAUUGCGGAGCAGUUCAAGGACGGUAAAUAUCCGGAGGGUGAGAUCAUGCAGUAUCCGGAUGCGACCACCGCCAAGGAUCGGUUCACGAGCGAGGAGAAGCGUGCCCUGGACCGGAUGCAUCUGGACAUUUACAACGAGCUGCGUCACGCGGCCGAAGCGCACCGACAGACGCGACAGUACAUGCAAAAGUGGAUCAAACCGGGCAUGACGAUGAUCGAGAUCUGCGAAGAGUUGGAGAAUACCGCACGCAAAAUGAUCGGCGAAAAGGGGCUGGAGGCUGGUUUGGCCUUCCCGACGGGAUGCUCUCGGAACCACUGCGCUGCGCAUUACACGCCAAACGCCGGUGAUCCGACGGUGCUGAUGUACGACGACGUGACCAAGAUCGACUUCGGAACGCACAUCAAGGGACGGAUAAUCGAUUGUGCGUUCACGCUGUCGUUCAACCCGAAGUACGACAAACUGCUCGAAGCGGUCAAGGACGCCACCAACACCGGAAUCCGGGAGGCCGGCAUCGACGUGAGGUUAUGCGACAUCGGAGCGGCCAUCCAGGAGGUCAUGGAGUCGUACGAGGUGGAACUGGACGGAAAAACGUACCAGGUGAAGAGUAUCCGCAACUUGAACGGCCACUCGAUCAGUCCGUACCGCAUCCACUCGGGCAAGACGGUGCCGAUCGUGAAGGGCGGCGAAACGACCCGCAUGGAGGAGAACGAAUUCUACGCCAUUGAAACGUUCGGCUCGACUGGCCGCGGAAUUGUGCACGACGACAUGGACUGCUCCCAUUACAUGAAGAACUUUGAAGCUCCCUUCGUGCCACUGCGACUGCAAUCGUCCAAGCAACUGCUCGGCACGAUCAACAAGAACUUUGGCACGCUGGCGUUCUGCAAGCGAUGGUUGGACCGGGCCGGAGCCACCAAGUACCAGAUGGCCCUCAAGGACCUGUGCGACAAGGGCGUCGUCGAGGCGUACCCGCCGCUGUGUGACGUCAAGGGUUGCUUCACGGCCCAGUACGAGCACACGAUCAUGCUGCGUCCCAGCUGCAAGGAGGUCGUCUCGCGCGGUGACGAUUACUAGACGCGACACAAACCAUUUUAACACGAAUCGUGCAGCCUAUUGAGAAGAGUAUAAAGUCAAAAGAGAGACGUUGCCUUCCCCCCACUUUUCAUCAACACGCAACGCACACCCAGUGUGUGGCAACUCGGUAGAACUUGAGUGAGUAGAAUAGUUUGGUUUUCUUUUGUUUGGAUUGUUUUAACCCAUCUCCCGUUCUCUUGAAAUCAUUUGUGGAUAAAGUCAUGGCUCGAGCGCAAAGCAGCAAAGUGUCGGAGCGAAAUCAAUUAUUGAAAAUAUUACUCGUGUACCCGUUGAUACGUGAAA